AUGCUCCCACUUUCGGUGAAUGGUCUCAGCCAGACGCAUGGAAAAAACUUCAUGACUCCAUCACUAAUAAUUUCACCUUUGCCUCCUUCAACACCUACCAAAUCAUUCCUUUACACCUCCAACACACCACACCCACAAUCGCUCAAAUCCAUACCAUGGCCCGCAAACCCUGCGCAAAACCCAAACCCCAACCAGCCAUCAACCAAUCACCGCCAGAGCCAGAAGAUCUAG